GGGGAGCUGCCGGCUGCCUGUGGCCCUGUGGCCCCAGGUGAGGCACCUGCUCGGCCUGGCCCUGCCCGGAAGCUGCUGCCCUGGAGCUUGGCCCGGGAGCCUCCGCUUGAUGCCCUCAAAGAAGAGGUGCUGCGCUACAGCUUGGCUGAUGAGGCAUCCAUGGAUAGUGGUGUGCGCUGGCAGCGUGGGAAACUGGUGCUUCGUCGUGGACCUGGCCCAGCCAGAGGCCUAGAGCACAUUUUGGAGCUGUUUGACCCGCCCAAGAGUUCGAAGCCCAAGCUGCAGGCGGCCUGCUCCAGCAUCCAGGAGGUCCGGCGGUGCACACGCCUGGAGAUGCCUGACAACCUCUAUACCUUUGUGCUGAAGGUAAAGAACAGGACAGACAUCAUCUUCGAGGUGGGAGAUGAACAGCAGCUGAACUUGUGGAUGGCUGAGCUCUGGGAGUGUACUGGCCGAGGGUCAGACAGCAUGGACACAGAGAUGCAUCAUUCCCCUGCCCCAGAGCCCAGCACAUCCAGCUCGCCAGGGGGAAGCACAGACUCCCUGAACCAUGGUGCUUCUCCUGGGGGAUUGCUAGACCCCACCUGCCAGAAAACAGAUCACUUCCUGUCCUGCUACCCCUGGUUCCACGGCCCCAUCUCCAGAGUAAAGGCAGCCCAGCUGGUGCAGCUGCAGGGCCCUGACGCCCAUGGUGUAUUCCUGGUACGGCAGAGCGAGUCCCGGCGCGGGGAGUACGUGCUCACCUUCAACUUCCAGGGCAGAGCCAAGCACCUGCGCCUGUCGCUGACGGAGCGGGGCCAGUGCCGAGUGCAGCACCUGCACUUUCCCUCGGUCGUGGACAUGCUGCACCACUUCCAGCGCUCGCCCAUCCCGCUCGAGUGCGGGGCUGCCUGCGACGUCCGGCUCUCCAGCUACGUGGUUGUCUCCCAGCCACCAGGUUCCUGCAACACUGUCCCCUUCCCUUUCUCCCUCCCUCGCUGGGACUCAGAGCUGGGCCUUGCCCACCUCAGCUCUUCUGGCUGUCCUCAAGGGCUGGGCCCCGAGGGUGUGCCAGGCCGCCCGUCACCCCCUGAGCAGAUCUUCCACCUGGUGCCUUCGCCUGAGGAACUGGCCAGCAGCCUGCGGCACCUGGAGCCUGAGCCUGGCAGUCGAGCCCGGGACUCAGACUAUGAAAUGGACUUGUCCUCCCGGAGUCACCUGCGGGCCAUAGACAACCAGUACACACCCCUCUGAUGGUGGUGGGCCCAGCCCGAGGAGCACGAGCAAAGACGUGAACUUGUGAAUGUAACGAUCUUUCCUUCCUUCCAGAGAGAGAUUCAAGGGACACUAAACUGCUCUUUCCAGUUGGACGUGACCCUUCUAUUAGGUCUGUUAAAAGGCCUCCCGUAAGUCUCGCCCGUCCUCGGCUUUCUCCUUGUUGUUUACAGAAGUGGUUCCUGUCUGCAGAUGCCACCAGCUCUUGCCCUGGGUCCCUAAUCCCAGUCCCCAUCACUCUUGGAAGAGGCGGAGUGAGGGCCAGAGCUGGCAGUAGAAACUUGCUCUCUCGCUGACACUGUCACAGCUGAUGACAGACUUCCUGCUGGGGGGAGGGGUGUCAUCAGGAAGCUCAGAACACUAAGCAGCCCUGGACUCGGGUGAUUCCCGUGGGAGCAUCAGUCUCGUGGCAGGUUCAGGCCACAGGUGGCCACUCCUAAUCCUGCUUCUCUCGGCUGCAGGACAAAGCUCUUGCACAAGGGCAAGCUGAAGGUCAAAAAUGAUUUUAAACAUUUUACCUCAGAUUAAUUUUUUAAAGGAUUCAGGUUUCAAGACUAAACCAUAGCUUACUUCAUUGCACUGUUUCAACACAUACCCAUGCCUGUUCUGCAGCCAGGGGUCGCUAUGCAAACCCUGUCUGACUUGCUCACAGUCCUAGCCACCCUACCUGGUGGCCUUGUCCACCCUUGGGACAGGGACAGCCACCUGCUGCUGAGCGGCCACUGUCUUCCCUGAACACAGAGAAGCAAAAUGGGUCACCCUUUCAGGGAAAUUCAGGCAAUUACUGAGAUAGGAGGGUGGCAAGAAACAGUUCUACCCUGGUGCCUUAAGAAUAAAAAACUGGACCCUGGUUUGCAGCAGCCUCGUGGAGAGUGCAUGUCAUUGGGGAGCGGGGAGGGGUGGGUGAAAGGGGAGAGAGGUUCCUGGGCCCUUUUUAGGGAGCCCCCACGUGUCUAUGGCUUAUUAAGUUAUCCCACAAGUGGGCUUUUGGCUCCUUUUUAAAGCCGAAAUGGAAGCUAAGAAUCUGGUGCCACAGCCCAAGAGAAACUAAGGGCCCACAGUCUGUCCUGUCGUAGCACACAUGUCUGUCCACAGGCCCCUGUCCAGCCAGGGCCUGAAGCCAAAACUCCACCUAAACUUGCCUUUCAAAGUGAUAAGUUCAUGGGGGCUGCUUCCUUCCAGAACUUUCCUUUCAGGGCAGAGGGACAGGGUGGGCAGUGACAGUAGUCAGCUGUGCCUGGGUCCCAGCAGCCAGCAGAACCAUUCAGUGCAGCCACCAGCAUCAGCACAAUGCUUCUAGGGGACUGGGAAAUGAGCAUGAACCUGCAGCCUCAGACCACCAACACUACCAGGCUUCACAGGGGAGGUCUUGGUCUCUCCAGUUACUCUUUAGGCCAGGCAUGGUGGUAAUCCCAGCACUCGGGAGGCUGAAGUAGGAGGAUUUUCCUCAAGCUUGAGCUAUAUAGUGAGUUCAAGGCCAGACUGAACUACCUAAACCCUGUCUCAAGAAACCAAGAGAAAAAAUACGGCUUUCAAACCACUUCUUUGCCACUCCAAAGACACUCCAGUGUCCUUAUGGACCAUACAACACACCCAAUACUGGUCCAGGUUUGCUGUCCAGGUUGGAGGACACCUAUCUUUUUAUCUUCUACAGGCAGGUUUCUCUAGAAAAUAAAUGUAAUUAUGGCUAAAUGUGGUGGCGCACAUGUAAUCCCAGCCCUUGGGAGUGUAAGGCAAAAGGAUCACCACGAGUGUGUUCGAGAUCAGCCUGGGCUACAUGGUGAAAUCCUGUCUCAAAAACAAAAUAAAAAAUAAAAAAAGAAUCAAGUAAGUCAGCAAUGCUUUGGACUGUUUUCAAAGACAAAAGUCAUCAAGAAGGCAAUUCUGAUGAGUGAGUUGUCUGUUUUCUCCUGUCUGCAUAGGAAACAGUGAAGCGAGUUUCCUUGCUCCAGCCAGUUUAACCCUAUUCCCGCUCAGGCAGUGCCAGAGCUGUGUAGGCUCUGCACACACUGAACAGCUACAACCCAGUUCGCUAUGACAGUGAACUGCAAGUCACCCACCAGACGGCUUCCUCUCUAGCACGCCCAGUUUACAAGGACAGCUCAAAUACAUUGACAAAAAAGACCCCUAACAGCCCUGGGACCAAGUGACACUAUGCCAAUGCCUUUUCCUUCUGCUGGAGCAGGCCUGGAUGCUCUUACUGCUCUACCUGGCCCACCUUGGGCACAGCACAUCUCACGCCCCUCCCGCCAGGCCCAAUGUGACCACCACUGGCAGCUGAGGCCAAGCCAGCAGCUUCCGCCAGAGCAAGGGUGAGCGCCAGCCUGGACAGGGAAGGAGUGUCAGGGUCCCUUCCUGCUUACAAGUCACAGCUCCCAGCACCGUCACGUCCUUCUCAACUAACAGUCACCAGCACCAAAGAAUUAAGUCAACUAACCUGCCUUGAACUUUAGACCAGCAAUCCAAAUGGCUUUAUGUGGUAAAGAUCUUCUGCCUCUGAUCACUUCUGGACCGUGUAGGGAAAAGGAAUACCAGUCAUUAAAAUCCUGGGCCAGAGAACACUAUCUGUAUAUAACAGUUUCUUAACCUUACUCAAGGAAGACCUUGAACAUUUCCCUGAGGGUUGCCUGAGAUUCCUUCCUGCUUUUUAUUCAGGACUGUCUUACCACAGAUGUCAUAUCCAUGCUAACACAUUCACAGUAGGUAACCCACUGCCUCUUAACAAGGACACACCUGAUGUCCAGUGGCUGAAAUGACAGCACAGUGUGGUAACACAAACAGCAGAUUCACCUUUUAUCACUUUAGGCAGAAAGAAUUAGGCAAAUUCUUAUGUAUGGUUUAUGUACUGUAUAAGUAACUUAUUGAAUGAAAAUUUUGCUAUAAUGUACAAAUUGCUAUAUGUGAAUUGUUUUCAGAAUCUUGAUUUGUUGCCACCAUGUCUGAAGGCUUAAUUAAGCCCAUGUUCUCUCCUUACCCUGGUUAACUACGCUUCUCCUCUGUCUUCCACAGACUGGGGAUAUUAAAUACUUAGAAGUCUGUGUGUAUUGGUAAACUGCUUUACAUAUCUGUAUCUUUCAGCCUGUGCUCUGGAUCUCUCUGUGUCUCUGUGUCAGGCCGGCCUGGAACUCACAAUCAUCCUGCCUUAGCCUCCCCUGUGCUGGGAUUACAGCCCUCUGGAUUUUUAAAUUGCAGUUUUUAAUAAAGUGUUUCCUGCCCCCUACUGGUAAAACAGCUGAAUUGGGACAACUGCAGAUCAACAGCAAGCGCUUGUUCUGAAGACAGGAAAUGGGAGCUUACAGAAUCCGUGCUGUGUGGGGGGACUGCCCUUCAACGCUGCCCAAUGCUGGCCAGCCUUCCUCCUCCUCAUGUCGACCACUAAUCCAGCAAGGAAUAGCACAAUCUUGUCUUUCUCUAGAGACACCUUGGAGCAGAACUAAAGGUGAAGAAGAAAGAUCAUUUGACACUACCAUACAGAAGCAGCACACACAGCCCACCAGCCCUGACAACCUCCUACAGCACAAGCAGCUUACACAAACACACAUUAGCUUAUCAGUUUUUAAAA